GAUAUAUAUAUAUAUACAUACAUGUAUAUAUACAUAAAUAAAAAAAACAACGGGAGAAGGGGAAAAAAAAUUAUGUCAAUUGCUGUAACAAUACUGAAAAGAAACAAACAUUAUUGCCACACAUAAACGCACACUGUGACACAUUUAUAUACAUUCACAUGCAAACUUGAUCAAAUAUACAGACACUGAACCGGAUAUAGACUCACUGAGAAACGUGUACAUAUACAUACACAAAGACACAUAUACAUAUGUUAAUGAUUUUCUUUUUUUAUCUGUAUGCAUGUAUGGAAGGGAAGAACUGUUUUUACUUUGUGUUGUAGGCUUCAUAUCAUUAAAAACUAAAGCUUGGAUUAGUCAAAGGGCAAAAAAUCUUGUUUUUUUGGAAAUUUGACAAAAUUAUCUCGGAUAAGAAAAGCAAUCAGAAGAAAUAGGGAAAUUACAAAUCUGAAUAAUCAGCGCAAGAAAAGGUGAUUUCUUCAGCAUAACUCACAUCAAUAUUUGGAAGCAAUCUUGAGAAUUUUGAAAGGAUAAUAAUGGAGGAUCAGUCCCUUAACUGUUACAUUGACCAUUUUGAAGAUAGAUUCACAAUUAGUAGACCAAGAUACUCUCGUUCAGAUCUGAUUGCAAAUGUAGAUUGGGAAAGAGUGGACCGCUCGUGUAACUUUGCUGAAGAUGUUUCCAUCAAAGAACAAGUUUCUCAUUCUGUGGAGAGUUCUCCAGUUGCCGCAAUGAAAGCAAGUCAUGCUGAUGGAAAUGAUGCAUUCAAAGAUCAAACUUUCUAUACAAACGAAACCUUUCCAGGUGUUGAUAGGGUUGAAAAUUUCUUACUUGACUCAGAUAUCCACAAAGAUAAGGUGAUUGUAAAAACUAGAAAUUUCGUUGAGGGAGAAGUUGUGCAUCAGGAAACAAUUGAAAUAUUGCUCAAAACUCAAAAGAAUAUUGAAGUCGAUAUUGAUGAAAUGCAAGCUGAUAAUAAAGUUAAGGAAACAACUACAGCAAGUUUAUACAUCAACCCAGAAAAGAAUAUUGAAAUUGGUCUUCAGGAAAUUCAAGCAGGUGGCAGAGAUACAUCGGCUGCCGUAAGAAAUUUAGCCCUCAGUCAUAAAUUUGGAACAGAAUCCGAUUUAAGGAUGAAAGAUAACAAAUCUGCAAAGACUAUUGAAGUCGGAAUUCAUCCGAGACAAGCUGGUAGUAGUGAUACACCAAAUAAGAGCAAAAGUUUAACCUUUACACCUAAACUUAGAACAGAAGCUGAAUUAAGUGUUAACACUCUCAGAUCUGAAAAGAAUACUGAAAGUGGUGUUGAUCCAAAACAAGUUGGUGGUAUGGAUACAUCGAUUGAAUCGAAGAAUUUAGCCUACAAUCCAAAGUUAGGAACUGAAACAGAAUUAGGAAUUAAAAAUCUCAAAUCUGAGAAAACAGUUGGCGUUGGAAUUGAUCGAAGACAAGCAGGUGGUAUAGAUACAUCGAUUGAAUCGAAGAAUUUAACAUACCCUCCGAAAUUUGGAACUGAAGCAGAAUUAGAAGUUCAAAAACUCAUAUCUGAGAAAACGUUUGGCGUUGGAGCUGAUCCAAGACAAGCAGGUGGUAUAGAUACUUCGACUGAGUUGAAAAAUUUAAGUUACGCUCUUCCGAAAUUUGGAACUGCAGCAGAAUUUGGAAUUAAAAAUCUCAAAUCUGAGAAAACUGUUGGCGUUGGAGUUGAUCCAAGACAACCAGGUGCUAUAGAUACAUCGAUUGAAUCCAAGAAUUUAAGCUACACUCCGAGAUUCGGAACUGAAGCAGAAUUAGAAAUUAAGAAUCUUAAAUCUGAGAAAACUGUUGGCGUUGGAGUUGAUCCAAGACAACCAGGUGCUAUAGAUACAUCGAUUGAAUCGAAGAAUUUAAGCUACACUCCAAGAUUCGGAACUGAGGCAGAAUUAGAAAUUAAGAAUCUUAAAUCUGAGAAAACUGUUGGCAUUGGGGCUGAUCCAAGACAACCAGGUGCUAUAGAUACAUCGAUUGAAUCGAAGAAUUUAAGCUACACUCAAAGAUUCGGAACUGAAGCAGAAUUAGAAAUUAAGAAUCUCAAAUCUGAGACAACUGUUGGCAUUGGGGCUGAUCCGAGACAAGCAGGUGCUAUAGAUACAUCGACUGAAUCGAAGAAUUUAAGCUACACUCCAAGAUUCGGAACUGAGGCAGAAUUAGAAAUGAAAACUAAAGGUUUUGGUACUGAUUUGAAAACAAAGGUAUAUGAAUCAAAUUUUGAUUCUUGUAAGAAGAUUCCCAAAUGGUAUUUCGGAGAAGAGAAUAAAAUUGAAACCUCAGUUACUCAAAGUGAAACACUAGAUCACAAAGGCCAACCAAUGGUUGAUCAGAAAUUUAAUCUGACUUCAACCAAUAUCUCACAAUCAAUUGCAAAAGUUGUUUUGCUAAGACGGAAAUUUCAAUUUGAUAAUUUCAAUCUUGAAAAACUUGUUCAAGCAAAGGGCGUUGAAAUUUCAGAAGAAAGUUUUGAAGAUGUCUAUUACGACACUAAAUUUUAUGAUUUAAUUCUCUCUGAUAGCUGGCUGCGUAUGAGAAAUGGUAAAUGGGAAUUGAAAUUGCCAGAAACUGACGAUAAAGCAAAGCUUUAUACAUGCAAUUACAUGCAAGUGGAGAAAGAAAAUGAAAUCCAAAAGGCUUUGAAAAAGUGGCCUCAUUUGGGAACAGCUACAAAGGAAAACAAAACAUUCUUGGAAGAGUUUCAAUUGAAGCCAUUUGCAGAAUUCUCAUCAGUAAGAAAAACCUACCAGCUGCCAAUGGAUUACAUGGUUGUUGUGGAAUUUAGUGGUUUUGGAUUUAAUGUCGCUGUCAUUGAAAAGAAGAUAGAAUAUGAAGAAGACAUCUGUGAAGCCACAAAGAACAUCAAUAAUUUGGCAAACCAAUUUGGAUUUCAGAAAUUGUCUCUUUUGGAUCUUGUUCAACAAGCCGAAGCUUACUGAAUAUUGGUGUUGCUGGUUUUCAGGCGACCAAUUUGGAAAUAUAUAUUUCAAGCUUGAAAUUCCGAAAAGAACACAGACCAGAAAAUAGAGAAUCUCGAAGAGAAAACAUCAAAAUAUGCAUUCAAUUUUUCCAUUUAAUAUCGGUUGUAACCAAAUAUCAAAUAAUUAUAUCAUAUUUUUCACUGUCUUAUCUACGAUAUCUUAAAAUCAUAAUAUUAAACAUUAACAAAUAUUUUAUUACUUCGCUUAUGAGUCAAAGUAUGACAAAUAAUGGAAUUACUAAGUUUUAAGUUUUUAUAAUGACGUUUUGUCAAUCUUCACCAGUUCCACUUUCAAAGAAAUGCAUUUGAUUGACAAACUCCCUACUAAACCCAACAUUUACAAGGUAUUGAAUAUAUAGAUAGAUAGACACACACACACACACACACACGGAGUGGGCGAGACGUCAUGCACAGAAUAAGUCCAAUACGCACCGGAAUUAUCAAAGACAUACAUCAAUUUUACUAAAAUUGUAUAAAAUAAAUGAAAUAAUAAUUAAUACAAACGUACAUGAACAAAAUGAAUACUACUACUGUUACUACUACUACUACUAAUAAUAAUAAUAAUAAUAAUAAAUGUCCUGAUGCAGUACCAGGCAGUGGCUCUCAUGGCUUCUGAUUGGAAGUGUUAAUAAUGUACGUAUUUUGUCUUAGUAUAAAAGAUGGGCUACAUCAAAUAUUCUUCUCAAUACAACUGCUUUCCUUGACAAUCGUUUCACAUGUCACUUAAUGGCUGACGAUAAGUGCAUCUCUGAUUACGAGCAGAAGCAUUUGGAGAGCAUCAUAGCCAUGUGUUGAGAGGAAUUCUUUGGGGUUUGAAAAAUUCACCUGUGGAAACACAGGUGUUUUGUUAAUCAUCCUUAAAACAAACCUUAUUCAGGGACGUUUUGAGUUUGGUGGGCUACUCGACGUGAAGAAAAUUCUAACAGACCCACCUGCACGGUCAUGUGCUGUUUCAUCUUGACAUUACAUCGCCAUGUCACUCACAUAUGGUUGUGAUGCAUGUGCCUGGUAUACUCUUAGCAAACGGGUAGUCAAGGUGGAUAUAUUGGCUAUGGCAUAUUUCACACCAGUGUCACUGGUGAUGGCAUGCACUGUUCUCUUAAUAAUAAUAACAACGUAAAAAUAAAAUGUCAAAUGUAGUGGUGCGGGAAUUUUGGCCCAUUAUGUAUGUAUGUAUGUGCGUGUAUGUAUCCAUAUAUAUACAUGUAUUUACAUUCUAUUAUGCUGAAUGGAACGGGUGUUCACACACAAGAAAUCCCGAUACACACAUACAUUAUAUAUAUAUAUAUAUAUAUAUAUAAUGUGUGUAUGUAUAUAUAUGCAUGUGUGUAUGUAUAUAUAUAUAUAUGCAUAUGUAUGCGUGUACAUAUAUAUUUUCAUACAUACACACACACAUAUAUGACAAUGACAAGUCCCUUAACCACUUGGGGGCUGGCUGGGACGCUGCAGCCAUGCAGCGUAUCGACGGCGAGAAAGCCUGGUGGAGCCCAUCACUCGAGGUUAAACUCAUUUCUAUAGCAGAGUGGACAGGAGUAACGUGAAAUGAAGUGUUUUGCCCAAGAACACAAUGCAUCGCCUGGUCCAGGAAUCGAAACCACAUUCUUACGAUCGUGAGCCCAACACUAACUAAUACAUACAUACGCACACACACACAUAUAUAUAUAUAUAUAUAUAUAUACACGCAUAUAUACAUGCACACAUAAUUUUUAUUCAGAUCUGAACCGAUAAUAAUCGCUCCUCAGAGUUUUGAGCUGCCAUAUUGCUACCUUUGUACUGGCUUAUUUGCACUAUUACUCCAACGUCUUAGCUUGAACACGCGCACACACAGUCACCAUAUAUAUUUUACAUGCGGUCCUAAGAACUCCAGCCCACCAAAACUAUACAGUUAAAAAAUGCUUCCUUAUAAUAGAAAAUGCAAUCUGUCACGCACACACACUUAUACAUA